GACGGGCGGUGCACGUCAACCAGCCGGCGUAGCACACCUUCACUUGCAGAUGAGGUCCACUUCAGGCGAUCAUUUGAAGCAGAGUGCGUCACGACGAUCAGGAUUGCCGCUUCUUCCUCAGGUGGGCCAAGUUGAUCUACAAGGAGACGCUUCUGCGGAAAUCCUUCCAGCAGCAGCACCUCGCUCGUCCUCCUUCACCACCACACAAGCGCCUGAGUAGAUGUUCAAGUCCAUGCAUCUCCUCAUCUAAGCGCUAAAUUGUGUCCGCCGAGAUGGAAAACGCGCACACGAAACCAGCGAGUGAAGUUUUAGACUUUUUCGGCGUGAAUGAAAACACCGGAUUGACUCAGGAGCAAGUUAAGCAAUUGGAGAAAUAUGGGCCGAACGAGCUCCCUGCUGAAGAAGGAAAGUCCCUGUGGGAACUGGUGAUGGAGCAAUUUGAAAACCUUCUGGUCAGGAUCCUGCUUCUCGCCGCCUGCGUCUCCUUUGUGUUGGCUUUGUUUGAAGAGGGAGAGGAGUCAGCCACCGCCUUUGUCGAACCUGUUGUCAUCCUCCUCAUCCUCAUCGCUAACGCCGUCAUUGGUGUCUGGCAGGAACGAAACGCCGAGAAUGCCAUCGAGGCGCUUAAGGAGUACGAACCCGAGAUGGGCAAAGUGUACCGCAUGAACCGGAAGGCGGUGCAGAGAAUCAAAGCCAGGGACAUCGUUCCGGGUGACAUCGUGGAGGUGGCGGUUGGUGACAAAGUUCCAGCCGACAUCAGAUUGACCUCCAUCACGUCCACCACGUUGAGAGUGGAUCAAUCCAUCCUCACAGGGGAGUCUGUGUCCAUCAUCAAACACACUGACCCGGUUCCUGACCCGAGAGCUGUCAAUCAAGACAAGAAGAACAUGUUGUUUUCGGGCACCAACAUCGCUGCCGGUCGGGCCAUAGGUGUCGUCGUGGCGACCGGCGUCGCCACGGAAAUCGGCAAAAUCCGCAAUCAGAUGGCGUCGACCGAACAGGACAAGACGCCGCUGCAGCAGAAGUUGGAUGAAUUUGGCGAGCAGCUCUCGAAGGUCAUCUCACUCAUCUGCGUGGCUGUGUGGGUGAUCAAUAUCGGCCACUUCGGGGACCCGGUCCACGGCGGCUCCUGGAUGCGGGGAGCUAUCUAUUACUUUAAGAUAGCCGUGGCUUUGGCCGUGGCCGCCAUCCCCGAAGGCCUGCCUGCCGUCAUCACCACCUGCCUGGCCCUCGGGACCCGCCGCAUGGCCAAGAAGAACGCCAUUGUGAGGAGUCUGCCCUCGGUGGAGACCCUGGGCUGCACCUCCGUUAUCUGCUCGGACAAGACGGGGACCCUCACCACCAAUCAAAUGUCUGUCUGUAGAAUGUUUGUGGUGGACAAAUUGCAGAAUUCAAGCUGCACCUUGCACGAGUUCUCGAUAACAGGAUCCACAUAUGCACCUGAAGGUCAAAUACUGAAAGGAGAGCGGGCAGUCCAGUGUGGAGACUAUGAUGGACUCUUGGAGUUGGCCACCGUGUGUUCCAUGUGCAAUGACUCCUCAUUGGACUACAAUGAGGCCAAAGGAGUGUACGAGAAAGUGGGGGAAGCCACAGAGACUGCUCUUACCACCUUGGUGGAGAAAAUGAACGUCUUCAAAACGGACCUUUCCGGACUCAGCAAGGUGGAACGUGCUGGGGCCUGCAACUCGGUGAUCAGGCAACUGAUGAAGAAGGACUUCACAUUGGAGUUCUCUCGAGACCGAAAGUCCAUGUCAGUUUACUGCACGCCAGUCAAGCCGGGUUCUCAGAGCAAGAUGUUCGUCAAGGGCGCCCCGGAAAGCGUCAUUGAUCGAUGUCAGUACAUGCGGCUGGGAACUGGCAAGGUGGCGCUGACACCGGACUUGCGUGACCAGCUCAUGUCCAAGGUCCGGGACUGGGGAUCGGGGAGGGACACCCUACGCUGUCUGGCUCUGGCCACCCGUGAUGUUCCACCACGCAAAGAGGACAUGGACUUGGAGAAUUCCAGCAAGUUUGUGGACUAUGAGUUGAGCCUCACGUUCAUCGGCUGUGUGGGCAUGCUGGACCCCCCGAGGAACGAAGUCAUAGGCUCCAUCAAACUCUGCAACGAGGCAGGUAUUCGUGUGAUCAUGAUCACGGGGGACAACAAGGGCACAGCGGUGGCCAUCUGCAGGCGCAUCGGCAUCUUCGGCGAGAACGAAGAGGUGACGGGAAAGGCCUACACCGGCCGCGAGUUUGAUGAUCUAUCGCCGGAAGCCCAGAAAGAGGCUGUGAAACGGGCACGAUGUUUCGCACGCGUGGAGCCGGCUCACAAGUCCAAAAUUGUCGCAUACCUGCAGUCCUUUGAGGAGAUCACUGCCAUGACUGGAGAUGGUGUGAAUGACGCUCCCGCCCUGAAGAAAGCAGAAAUUGGCAUCGCAAUGGGCUCGGGCACAGCCGUGGCCAAAUCGGCCUCGGAGAUGGUACUUUCUGACGAUAACUUCUCCACCAUCGUGUCUGCCGUGGAGGAGGGCAGAGCCAUCUACAACAACAUGAAGCAGUUCAUCCGAUACCUUAUCUCCUCCAACGUGGGCGAAGUCGUAUGCAUCUUCCUGACAGCCAUUCUGGGUCUCCCCGAGGCUCUGAUACCAGUCCAGUUGUUGUGGGUCAAUCUGGUGACUGAUGGUCUGCCCGCCACCGCCUUGGGUUUCAACCCUCCCGACCUGGACAUCAUGAACAAACCUCCUCGUAAUGCCAAAGAACCUCUCAUCUCAAGAUGGCUUUUCUUCCGCUACUUGGCCAUUGGAGGCUACGUAGGUUUCGGGACAGUGAGCGCCGCCACGUGGUGGUACCUAUUUGAUGAAGAAGGGCCACAAGUGACUUUUUAUCAGCUGCGACACUUCAUGCAGUGCACCGAGGACAACCCCGUGUUUCACGGAAUCGAUUGUGAGGUCUUUGAAUCCCGCUACCCCACCACCAUGGCGCUGUCCGUGCUGGUUACCAUCGAGAUGUUCAACGCGCUCAACAGUUUGUCUGAGAACCAGUCCCUCCUCAGAAUGCCUCCUUGGGUCAAUAUUUGGUUACUGGGAGCCAUUGUCCUUUCUCUCUCCCUCCACUUCUUAAUCCUUUAUGUCGAGCCAAUGCCACUGAUCUUCCAGGUGACCCCUCUCUGUUGGUCUCAGUGGAUGGUGGUCCUGAAAAUUUCAAUCCCUGUCAUCCUCCUGGAUGAGGCACUAAAAUUUAUAUCCAGACAUUAUCUUGAAGGUGAUGAAGAGACCAAGUACCGGAGGAGAUGGCAGAAGGAUUAAGUCGUCUCCCUCAAACACGCUUCGACACAGGCCUCUCUUCUUCUAUUUUUCAUCAUUCCCCACUCCUGCGUGUCGGUUGAACCACCACGACACAUUUAAGUGGCAUGCGUGCCUGAGAACCGACGUGCGAGAAAAAGAAGGCAGCUGCGAGCUUUUGGCUUAAAUGUGAGUGAAUGCACAAAACGGUUUGAAAUGUCUGCCAUUUUUUUUUUUUUUUAGUUCAGUACAGUGCAAACUUUGCGGUGCCUUCGCUGGACAAGGCAGGGUGGGUGUUAGAGAAGCCUAAAUGAGCACAGGGAUGGAUGGGCGAUUGCUGAUUGGUGGGAAAAAUGUGGCUCGUGGGCAGAACCGUGCGUGUUUGUGUGUCCACAAUAAUCUGGUGGUACUGCCCAAGCUUCUGCAAAUCUCUUUUCUAUCUAGCAGUAAUGAUCAUCACAGUAAAGCUUCCUUGUCAUUCUUCAUCAUUGCAAUCAUUACCAAAAUUUUGCAGAGAUCUGACGCCAUUUGUCUUUAGCACUGAGAUGAUCCAGCUGAAGGUGUGAAUAGCUUCACUGCUUUAUUGGCGGGCCCAUCUUAAAAAUAGCACACUGUAGUUUUUUUGCAAGUGGUGUAUAUAAACUUUUUAUUUUAUUUAUACUACAAGCUGGUAGAUGUUACAGAGUCCAACAAUAUAAGUUAAAGAAUGGCAAGUGGACUGCUCGAAAUAAUGAUUGACUCACGCCAUGCCUUAUAGAGCCAGCCCCACCGCACCUCCACUUUGAGCAAGUGGUGAAAAUGAAUGUCUUGCCAGCACUCUAAUUGUGGGUUUUUGUUUUUUUUACUCGCCGCAACCUUUAGUGUGCACCCCAAAAGUGAGGUGUUGGUCGUGAGGGUGUCUAAGAAGCUUUUUGUGCACACUGCUCUUUCGCUUGUUCUCGGUCUUUUAGCAAUUGAUCUAAUUAAAUAAUGUGUUUGACUGAACGAGCACGUGGGGUUAACAUUGUGUCUUUUAGCUCUUAAUUAUUAAUUUCAUUUCGGGUCCAGGUGAUUGCGUGUCUUUUUUUUUUUUUUUUAAACAUCUUUGGCCCAAUUGCCGAAUAGUACCUGGAAAAAAAAAAAUGUCAAGGACGGGGAAAGUGUUCCCAAUGAAUUUUUACAUCUGUUAAAAAAAAAAAAAUAGCGUCAAGUUUUCAACAAGAAAAAGCGAAAGUCUCGAUGGAGGUCUUUCCAUGCUUCUCAACUACUGACUCCUCAUUUCUGUACAGAAGAUGAAUAUAUGAUUGCAUGGAAUCAUGUUACUGUAAUAAUAACAAUCCAUACAGUAUGCUAUACAGCAUCUAGAUUAUUUGGGGGGGAUAUUAAUGAAGUUUUUUUUCUCUUUUCGGCACUUCUUACUUUUUUGUAGACUAGAGGUUUCUUUUGUCAUUUCCGUUUGGUUUUUACAUUUACUUGCGGGGGUUGAUGUGUGACAGAAUACGGUAUGGAUAGCAUUUGAGAAUCAUGACCUAACUUGAUGAUGAUGCUGUUCGUUUCAGUUUGCUAGUUUGAGGUCAGUCAAAAAUUUAUGUGAACUGAACUGUGGUUUACACUGAGCGAGAAAUAGUGGUGGAUCUUGGCUCGUGAUGUUUUACGGCUGUACAGUGAAGGGCUUAGUAGGAUGGACGCAGGCUCUAGAGACUCGACUGUCCUCCGAAUUUAGACUCACCCAGCAUCUUGGAUAAGCUUGUUUUCUAACAGCAGGGGGCGAUGUGGUUAGUAUCGGAAGCAGUGAACGAUUGACAUUUUUUAAAGAAAAGUCUCUAGAGCCCGACUUUCACCUGAAAAAUGGAAAAUUGUCUGUAUUGCCUUGUUAAUAUUGAAUGUAGACACAUAAUUUUAUAAAUAACAAAGAUGUGGAAAUAAACAUUAUUUAUCUUCUUUA